AUGGAUUGGAAUGGAAACACAACAAGCUUUGUUCCUCAACAUGCAGAUUCUUCCUUAAGCUUUCUCUACAACUACAACUACAGCCAAACCUCAUGUCAAGGAAUGGAAGUGAAACAGCAAGAGUGGACAGAAGCAUUUCCAGAAAUGGACAGAAUGAUGAAAUAUGGUAACCAGGAAAAGAAAAAGAGAUUAACUAGUGAACAGAUGGAAUCGCUUGAGAGUAGUUUUCAGAUGGAGAUAAAACUAGACCCUCACAGGAAGAUGAAGCUUUCUAAGGAGUUAGGGCUUCAGCCUCGGCAAAUUGCUAUUUGGUUCCAAAACAGGCGCGCGAGGUGGAAGACAAAGCAACUUGAACACUUGUAUGAUUCACUUAAACACCAGUUUGAGGUUGUUUCCAAGGAAAAACAGCAGCUUCAGGAUGAGGUUAUGAAGUUGAAGGGAAUGUUGAAAGAGCAAGGAUGUUGUUCUGGCAGAAUGCAAGGCUAUUAUACAGAAGUGUCAGUGGAAGAGACAGAAACAGUAGAAAGCACAUCAGAGGGGAAGGGGAAGAUUCAUCAUGAGUUCAAGAUUGGAGAGGGAAACUGUUGUUUCAAUUUAGAGGAUUAUAACAUUCAUAACAGUACAGUAGUGCCACUAUUGCCUUACUGGCCUUCUGUUCCUUAUAACUAUCAUUCCUGA